AUGCAGAACGGCAUGGGGCAGCCCGCUGCCCAGGCGCAGCUGCUGAGCGCGCAGCAGCAACAGCUGCUGCAGCAGCUCAUGGCCGCGCAGCAGCGGCAGGGGGCCAUGCAGGGCGGUGCACAGGGGUCGAUGCCGCUCGUUGCAACCCCCGUGCAGCUUCUGCAGCAACCAGGCAUGGUCCAGCAGCAGCAGCAGCAGCAGGCGGGGGGCCAGCGCGCGCAGCAGGCGCUGACACCACAGCAGCAGCAACAGCAGCAGCAUGCCAUGGCAAUGCUCCUUCAGCAGCGGCUUGCACAACAACAGCAGCUGCAGCAGCAACAGCAGCAGCAAGGCCAGCAGAUGCAGGCGAUGGCACAGCAACACCAGCUGCAACAGCAGCAACAGCAGCUACAGCAGCAGCAAGCGGCGGCGGCAGUAGCCGGCCAGAGAGCACAACAGCCGCAGCAGCCCCGCGCCGCGGCCGCGAGCCCCCCCGGCGCCCCGCGCCCGCCGGCCGGCCUCGUCCCGCUGCCCGUCGCCGCGGUCCCCCAGGGCCUGCUGCCGCAGCAGCGCGCGGCCGCGCAGCAGGCGGCGCAAAAGGAGCGUCUCGUGGCGGAGGCCGUCGCGGCGGAGGCGGCGCGCCAGCGGUCGCAGGCCGAGGCCACGCUCGGCCCCGCCCAGGCGGCGCUCGCGUCUGAGGGCAUAACGAUGAAGCCUGGCGCCGUGAUGACGGCGGCGCAGUGCACCACGUUGCGGGCCCAGAUCAUGAAGUUCAAGGGGCUGCGCAAGGCGGGCGCCGCCGGCGCCGCCGCCGACCCCACGGCGGUCGAGGCGCAGCUCGCCGAGCUGCGGCCGGCGCCGCUGCCGCCGCAGGUGGCGCGGCUGGCGCCGGUGCAGAGGAUCCUGGGGGGCGUGCUGGACCAGGCCGGGCUGUCGGAGGCGAGUUUGAACGCGGCGGCCGCGUUUGAUCGGCAGGUGCAGGCGCAGGCGCAGCUGCAGGCGCUCGCAGUGCAGGCGCAGCUGCAGCAGGCGCAGCAGCAGGCAGCGGCGCAGGCGGCGGCGGCGGCGCAGCAGGCGGCGGCGCAGCAGGCAGCGGCGGCGGCGGCGGCCGCCGCGCAGCAGCAGCAGCCGCCGACGGGCCCGAAAAAGCGGGGGCCAAAGCCCAAGGCGGAGAAAGAGCGCCUGGCAGCACUGGCGGCGGCGCAGAGCCAGCAGGCGGCCGCGGCGGCGGCCGUCGCGGCCGCGGGGCGGCAGGCGUCCCUGCAGCUCCAGGAGCAGGCAUCGGAGCCGCGGGAGCCGGCCGUGCCCACGCUGCCGCCGCAGACACCCAAGCAGGCGCCCGCGCCGGCGCCCGUGACGCAGGUCCCGCUGGACCCGUCCGCGCGCGACCCGCGGCCGAUGGUGACGCUGCUGGCGCCGACGGACCAGCAGAUCAUGCAGCAGCUGCAGGGCAAGACCAUGCUGGGCAUGCCGGCCGACCUGCCCAAGCUGCUGGCGGGCGAGCUGGCGCGGCGCCUGGCGCAGCGGCAGGAGGAGGUCGCGGCGCAGCUGGACGCAGCGCUCGCGGGCGGCGGCGCCACGCACGGCUUUCACAGGGACUCGGAGGGCCGCCCCGGCCGCGGCGCGCUGCAGCUGGCGCGCCGCAAGCUGCGGCUGCUGUCCUAUCAGCGCAGCCUGCGCGACGCCGUCGAGAUCGAGGCUGACGAGCUGGCGCGCGCGCGCGCCACCGCGCGGCCCAUGUACCUGCAGCUGGGGAGCUGGGGUGAAGGGUGUGGGCGCGGCAGGCGCGCGGGGCGGGCCGCGGAGGACGCGUGGUCGGGCGCGAGGGCGUGCACGGGUGCGGCUGUUUGCCUGGAGUGA